UUGGGGGGUAUUUGUGAGGGGAGGGGGCAGGGGGUCACUGGGGGGUUGGGAUAUCAGGGGCACCCAGGGACAGGGCAGGCCCCCCCCAUCCCUGCCCCCUCCCCCACAGUCCCAACUUCAGGGCCGCCAUGGCCUCAGUGCCUGUAUACUGCCUCUGCCGCCUGCCCUAUGAUGUGACCCGCUUCAUGAUUGAGUGUGAUGCCUGCCAGGAUUGGUUCCAUGGCAGCUGUGUGGGGGUGGAGGAGGACAUGGCGGCUGAGAUUGACCUCUACCAUUGUCCCAAUUGCCAGGUGCUGCAUGGACCCUCUGUCAUGAAGCGACGUCGUGGCCCCCAGAGGCAGCCAGAUGGGACGCUGGGCAGAGAUGCUGGCCGGGCUGUGCGCACAGGCAGCGCGCAGUUCAUCAAAGAGCUGCGGAGCCGGACCUUUCCCAGUGCUGAUGAGAUCCUGCUGCGGCCGAGUGGGUCACAGCUGACCGUUGAGUACCUGGAGGAGAACAGCUUCAGCGUCCCCAUCCUGGUGGCCAAGAAGGAUGGGCUGGGCAUGACCCUGCCUCCUCCCACCUUCACCGCCCACGACAUUGAGCACUAUGUGGGAGCAGACAAAGAGAUUGAUGUGAUUGAUGUGGCACGCCAGGCUGGUUGCCGCAUGCGUCUGGGCGACUUUGUGGAUUAUUUCUGUGGUGCUGCACGUGACAAGGUGCUCAAUGUCAUCAGCCUCGAGUUCUCUGACACCCGGCUGUCAAACCUGGUGGAAACACCACGCCUGGUGCGGAAGCUGUCGUGGGUGGAGAACUUAUGGCCGGGUGAGGCUGUGUUUGAGCGGCCCAGUGUGCAGAAGUACUGCCUGCUGGGGGCGCGCGGCAGUUACACAGACUGGCAUGUGGACUGCGGGGGCACCUCCGUCUGGUACCAUGUUCUCCGGGGAGAGAAGAUUUUCUACCUGGUGCGCCCGACACUGGCCAACCUGGCGCUGUUUGAGACCUGGAGCAGUUCAUCCAGCCAGAGCGAGACCUUCUUUGGGGACCAGGCUGACCGAUGCUACCGCUGCCCCCUGCGCCAGGGCCAGACCCUCUUCAUCCCCACUGGCUGGAUCCAUGCGGUGCUGACACCAGUUGACUGCUUGGCCUUCGGGGGCAACUUCCUCCACAGCCUUAACAUCGAGAUGCAGCUCAAGGCCUAUGAGAUUGAACGGCGCCUGAGCACGGCUGACCUCUUCCGCUUCCCCAACUUUGAAACCAUCUGCUGGUAUGUGGGCAAACAUCUGCUGGACACCUUCCGAGGGCUCCGGGAGAACCGCCGGCAUCCAGCCACCUAUCUGCUGCAUGGGGCCAAGGCCCUGGCUACCGCCUUCCGCUCCUGGACUCGGAAAGAGGUAUUGGCGGAGCAUGAGGAUGAGAUCCCCAGCACAGUGCGCCCGGCACAGCUCAUCAAAGACCUGGCUAAGGAGAUCCGGCUGGCUGAGGACCUCCUCCAGCAGAGUCUAGGCAAGGGGGGGAGCCCGUUUGGGGUGGGCCGGGGCCCCCCACUGGCAACUCUGUCGGCCCCACUCCCUGCUCGCUGGGCUGACCCCACCUCCCAGGAUGGCGCCAAGGAGGGGGGACGCAAGGGAGCCCUGCCUGGCCCCCCCCAGCACCUGGAGCUGCCUGAUGCCCCUGGCUCAGAGGAGGGAGACCCACCAAGCUCCAGUCUGGAGGAGACUGAUCCAGAGUCGGAACCGCCAGAGGCCGAUGAUGGGGACUUAGUGCUGGCCAAUGGCAGGACACCCAGGACGAAGAGGACCCAAGCAUCUAGGCGGUGGCAGCCACGCUCCUGCUCCCCGCCCAGCCCCCCUGGCCUUGACCUGGACUCUGAGGAGGAUCUGCAGAUUGAUGAGGCCCCCCCUCCCCAUGAGCGCCAGGCCCUGGGGUUCCCCCAGCGGCUGCCCAAGUUCCCACGGAAAUUGCCUCGUGCCAAGCCCUGCUCAGAUCCCAACCGGGUGCGAGAGCCUGGCGAGGUAGAGUUUGACAUUGAGGAGGACUACACCACAGAGGAGGAAGAGGAGGGGGCAGAGCUGGAGGAUCCCGAGGGUGGAGCCAGUGCAGCUGGGCUCCUGGACCUGCUCAAGGCCAGCCGCCAGGUGGGCGGGGCUGACUAUGAUGCUCUCAGCGAGCCGCCGGCAUCCCCUAGCACACAGGAGGCGAUCCAGGGCAUGCUGCGCAUGGCCAACCUACCAGGCGCUGGCCCCGCCCCCAGCACUGCCAGCCUGCAGGCCUGGUGGGCGGGGGGGGGGCCAGAGCGGGGGCCUCCCAAGCGUCCCCCCCGCCACCCCCCCAAGCGCCCGGCCUCCCGCAGCUCGGAGAGUGAGGACGAGGCCCCCAGCCCUGACGAACAUGACAGCCUGGGUGCCUGCUUCAAGGACGCGGAGUACAUUUACCCCUCCCUGGAGUCAGACGAGGAUGACCCAGCCCUGAAAUCGCUACCAAAGAAGAAGAAAAGUACUGAUGACGCCCCCUGGAGCCCCAAAGCCCGGGUGACCCCAACGCUACCCAGGCAGGCACGGCCCGUGCGGGAGGGCACCCGCGUUGCCUCCGUGGAGACUGGGCUGGCAGCUGCCGCAGCCAAGCUGGCCCAGCAGGAGCACCAGCGACUGCAGCGCAGGAGGAACCUGGCAGGGGCCCAGCACCGCACCCCAUCCCCCCAGGACACGGAGCCUGAGCCUGAACCAGAGCCUGAGGCGGAGCCAGCACCCCCUGAGCCCCCACCAGUGCCCAUCCCCACCCCACCGGUGCCUGCUAGCCUAGCCGACCAUGAAUACACAGUGCGCCCAGGGGGCCUGGGCCCCAUGCUCCCUGCCAGGCCCUCACCCCCCAUGGCUCCCGGCGUCUUUCUGAGCCAGCGCCGUGCCCCGGCUGGCACCCCUGCUGCCCUCCCCUGUCAGGGCAAGCGCCCUAAGAAGGGGUUGGCAACAGCAAAGCAACGUCUAGGCCGCAUCCUCAAGAUCCAUCGCAAUGGCAAGCUGUUGCUCUGAGCCCCCUACCUGGCCCAAAGGUGGGGGGGAGGAGGGGGGGUCCUGCCUGAGCUCCCUGCUACCCCCUCCCUUGCCAGGGCUGGGCUCCACGCCUGGAGUGUCGUUUCCCCCUUCCUCAACUUUUUUAGGCUUCCAUAGCUCCGGGUGUUCGCAAAAUGGACCGCGAGUUUUUAUAUUCAGGGUUAGAAUAAAAGGAAAAGCCACAA